GGUCGCUUGCGCCGGUCCGGGGUCUGACACGGGAAGGCCAUGCGGACGGCUACUGAGCUUCAGCCCCGCAGCCUAGCGCACUUUCCUCGCGCAGCGGCAGCCCGGCGGCCGCUGGAGUAGCGCGGCCUUUGUUCGGAGCGCGCGUCCCUGCGGUUCUAGGGCUCCCGCCGCGCUCGGCCGGCGCCCGCGGUCCAUGCGGCUGCGGGGCCUCCGCGUGGGCUCCGAGCGGCGGCGGCGGGCGGCAUGCGAUGGGGAACUGCUGCUGGACGCAGUGCUGCGGGCUGCUCCGCAGGGAAGCGGGGCGGCUGCAGCGUGCGGGCGGCGGAGGAUCCAAAUACUUUAGAACAUGUUCCAGGGGUGAGCACUUGACUAUAGAGUUUGAGAAUCUAGUAGAAAGUGAUGAAGGGGAGAGCCCAGGAAGCAGUCACAGGCCUCUUACUGAGGAAGAAAUUAUUGACCUACGAGAGAGGCAUUAUGAUUCUAUUGCUGAAAAGCAGAAAGAUCUUGAUAAGAAAAUCCAAAAAGAGUUAGCCUUACAAGAGGAGAAGUUAAGACUAGAAGAAGAAGCUUUAUACGCUGCACAGCGUGAAGCAGCCAGGGCAGCCAAGCAGCGAAAGCUCGAGGAGAAACUAGGAAAAAAAACAUGCAUGAGCCAUUCAGAAAAUACAAUUUUGCAACAGAGUGACUUUUAUAUUAUUAUAUCUCCAAAGCAAGAAAGACAGAGAGUUGUGCAGCAGUAUCAUCCGUCAAGCAGUGGUGACCAUCAAAGUUCAGCACCAGAAGAUGACUUUGAAUCUUGUAUGAGAAAUAUAAAGUCACAGUAUGAAGUUUUUCGAAGUAGCAGACUCUCUUCAGAUGCCACCGUGUUGACACCAAAUACAGAAAGCAGCUGUGACUUACUAACUAAAACAAAAUCCACCAGUGGAAAUGAUGACAACACGUCCUUAGACCUGGAGUGGGAAGAUGAAGAAGGGAUGAACAGGAUGCUUCCAGUGAGAGAGCGCUCCAAGACGGAGGAGGACAUCCUGCGGGCAGCGCUGAAGUGCGGAGGCAGGAAGGCCGGGAGUAACCCCACCUCUGCCUCGGACGACUCCAAUGGGCUGGAGUGGGAGAACGACUUCGUUAGCGCCGAGGUGGAUGAUAACGGCAAUUCUGAGUAUUCUGGAUUUGUAAAUCCCGUAUUGGAACUGUCUGAUUCUGGCAUCAAACACUCAGAUACCGAUCAGCAGAUUCGAUAGUGCAAAAUUGUUUGACCCCCGUUCUUCAGUUUUGACCAAAUGUUAAAACCCAACCGGAAUGGACCUGUGGUCUGUAAGGGCAGUGAGGCGCUGCCCUGGAAAUGUUUAUUUGAUUAGGAAGGUGUAAAAAUGGUCAGACAGAUCUGAACUGCUUCAGAAUUAAGUGCAAUUUUAUCAUCUGCCUUCUGCAUUUUAAGACCAAUUUAAUAAUUCUGUCAUGUUAUCAGUUAAAUUUCUAAUAACUCUUAUAGCAUUCCUGUUCACUCUUGUAGGUUUUCACAUUUUAAAAUCUUUAUUAAUUUUACUUGGAGUGCUUUUCCCCACCUAUCUCUUUAUCUGUGGUGAAAAUGUUACAGUAUUUUUGAUGAAUUCUCAGCAGAUGUGAGGGGGCAUCUCGGGGUGGGGUAGUCAGGGUCACAUUUGGGAUGGUUCCCUUUUCUAGCAGUGCUGAUUCUAGGACUGCUCAGAAUUCCAUUAUCCAGUUAGAAGCACAAUUGAUUUGAGUCGAUGACCUAAGAAAUGCUGAAGGAUCAGUUUCUUUCUACAUUUGUAUGUCCUAGUACAAUGGUGUUGAUUCAGUCAGAACAAAAUACAAAAACAAGCAUUCGGUUUGGAUGUUUUAGGUUGUUAAUAAAAAAUCUAUACUUACGCUCACCUAUACUGCUUUUAAAUUGCUGUAUUAAGUUUUUAGGUGUCAUUAUUUUUUUACUUCUGUAUUUCCAAUGAGUGAUCUUAGAUUUUACACAGAACAUUAUUCUCCAAAUGAUUUAAGAAAGGAAAACAUAAAAAGGUAAUACGGGUAUUUAAACUAAAUAAAAUCCUUUCUGGUAUGAAAGGUCCUACCGAUUUAUUAUGCUUCCCUGUGCCUUGUAGUACAAGGUGCUUUGCUGCAGUGGAAGUAAACGUAUCACUAUGUAUAACUGCAUUUUGUGGUAGACAGUUCAACUCUCUGCUCUAAGUUAAGCAUCAGUAUAAAAGCUGGGGAUGUUAAAACACCCCUAACUGCUUUCCUUGAUUUUGCUGAGGAUUUCAAUAAGCAAGGUUUUUUUCCUUAGUACGGUUUUUCUGUUCCUUCUUUUGCAACAGUUAUAGUGCAUGUUCUCAAAAAUACAGGAAGAUCCAGAAAUAAAUAGUAAUUUAAAGUUCCUGCUGUUUUAAAAAAUUCACAUGGCCCUUUCAAUAUUUGAAGUUCUAGGCAAUGACAACUGUAUUUUUAUUUUGUCCUUUUUAAAAAUCUGGUAGAAAUAAAUAUGACACUUUAAUAUGUAAAUACAGUAAUGCUGUUAUUUAUAUGUCUUAAGUUAUAGCUGUGUCCCUGGAAAUAUUUAAAGGUACUUUCUUCACAUUGCUUGGGUUAACGCUUUCUACGGUUUAUACACAUCAGAUGUAUAUUUUUGGUUGGCAUAAGCUACUAUUGUAAUUUUUUUGUUGUUGUUCAUAAAGAAUUUUCUGAUGGACUGGUAACUUCUCAAGGAUUGUGAAUAAACACAUUUUUACAUUUAAAAAUAA